AUUGUUUGCAUGGAAAGUUAUAAAUUAGGCUCUAACUUCAGAUACUGAUUAAAUUUUUAUAUCAUUGUUAUUUCUUAUUACAUCUUUUUGCAUAAAUUUCUAUUUCUUUGUGAUCUCACAUGUAAAGAACAAACUUGCUUACAGAAAAACAUUGCGCUAAAGCAGAAAUAAAUUAAGUAAAUGAUAAAAUCUACAAACACGCAGGAGAAGUGUGAAGAGUACUGGCCACCAGUUGGCACCACAAAGACAUAUGGUCACGUGACAGUGACAGCCCUGAAAACAGACACAAGGGCAGACUUCAUCGUCCGCACCUUUGUACUGGAGACUAAAAAGGGAGGUGACCAGCGAACGGUAUCUCAGUAUCACUACCUGGUGUGGCCUGACCACGGGGUGCCGUCCACCUACUCGCUGGUCAGCUUCUGGCGCUACGUCAAGGCACGUGCACAGGGGGACAUACCUGUCGUGCACUGCAGCGCCGGCGUUGGACGUACCGGUACUUACAUCGCCUUAGACAUCGCCUCUGAUUUGAGGUCACGUGGACGUGACGUAAACAUCAAGGAGAUCGUCAGCAGACUACGUGAAGACAGAAUGCUCAUGGUCCAGACGGAAGAACAGUACAAGUUCCUCCAUGAAGCCAUUCUUGAAGAACAUACUAGCCGGACAACCAGGAUGACCUUUGACCAGUUUGACUUUACAUUUCCCGACACUAUCAACAUCCACAAGGAGUCACGGGUAGACAAAGAGUUUAAGAUGGUAUGUCAAAUGGGAGAGUUUGUGGCAAGACCGAAGUAUACACUUGCUGCCUCUAGAGAGAAUAUGCACAAAAACCAGUGUCAAGAGUUCCUUCCAGACGAUGAUCAUUUGGUGUAUCUCACGGGCUACGUACCUGGAAGAAACCAGUACAUCAAUGCCGUCCACAUGUCGUCGUUUAGGAAGAGACAAGGGCUGAUUCUGACUCAACUUCCCUUGCCGGACACCGUGGUGGACAUGUGGCGCAUGAUUGACGGAUGGGAUGUCAACACCAUUGUUUCUCUCGGGCACAGAGACCAGAGUAAAUCAGUCAAGAAUUAUUGUCGCUACUGGCCUGAGACAGACAAGGACACACUGAAGGCUGGGCCAUACUCCAUCAGCUUAACUUCUUCCUCUGCACUUGGAGAUCAUCUCACCUGCUACAACCUGUCCCUCACCACAAAGGCCUUAAAGACUAAAACAGUUCGAGUUUUGUACUAUGAUGACUGGAAAGAGCUAGUCCCAAGUAGGAUCUCAGACAUUCUUCAGCUCACAGACAUUCUCGAAUCAUGGCGUGUUGAAGAUGAACCCUCACCUGUAGUUGUUCAGUGCAGUGACGGGAUGACAAGAAGUGGCAUGUUCUGUGCCCUGUAUGACGUCAUCAACCGGGCAAGGAAUGACCAGGAGAUAGAUGUCUACCUGUCUGUGAGACAGGUUCGAACUGUCAGACAACAUGCGAUUACCUCAGAGGUGCAGUAUCGAUACUGUUACCAGGCAGCACAAGAGUACAAACGUCAGUAUAGUGUCUAUCAGAACACGUGACCAGAGCAGCGUUUUCUCUACACAUUAACAUUCUUUUACAUCUUGCUUAUUUUUUGUCUGUAGGUCCCAUCGCAGCUCUUUACCGUCUGACCUCUGACCUCGGUCUGAUUUAGGUUCAUCCUGUCCUCGCUAUUAGUAUUUUCCUCGGUGUACUUGUUAUCUUGUGUAUCUUUCUUUCUGCAUCAUUCCUCUCUCUCUCUCUGACUCCAUCAGCUGGUGAUAGUCCUUGUACAUUCUUCUGGAGCGGAAAAUGCUGAGAGGAAAAUAUUUUAAUAUCAGGAAUUAAAUGUCACGAAAAUUGAAUUUUUUCCUGUUGUUUAAGAUAUCGUUUUUCAAACUGGCAUGGUCAAAUACGUUGUAACAAAAGGGCUAGAAGAUUAUUUUCAGGCUCUUAGUUCGAAGUAGAAUAGCUGCUGGUCAUGAUGGUUUCCAUCUUAAGCUGUGCAUCAGGAAAAUAAAUUGUAACCUUGAUUUCAAGAUGAUGCCAUGUGGUGGCUGUUUAGCGGUUUACUCUUACUAUGACAGAAAUAUUGCUUUUGUGUGUCGCUAGGGGUCUACACAUGAAUGAAUACUGUCAUAUCUUGGGGUAGAUUUCCUCAUAUUUACGUGGACUGAGUAAGUGUGUGGUAGUAUGGGAAUGUUGAAGUAUGUGUAGGAUUUUAUGCCCCUGAUGUGGACAAAUGUAUUUCCGCUGAGGAUUAUAAUAAACUUGUCUUGUCUGAUUUAGGCAUAUUUGGUAACAAAUGUCCAUUCAGAAGAGAAGCCUGUUCAAUGAAGGUUUCAACGUAAAUAUUCUAAGUAAGCAAAAUGCGUGACUCAUUGUGCGGGUGUAAUUUAUCUUUUAUUUAAUAAUGCUAUUCCGGUGAUGCUGGUUUUUUUAAGUUUUUGAAAAAAAAUUAUAUAUGUAUAUUGCACAUUUGAAUUCAUUAUAAGUGAUAUAUAAACAUUUGACACUAAUUGAACUAAUAAUUUGAAAAUAAAGCUAUAUCAUUCAAUUGGUUUUGUUAUUGAUCUUUGAAAUUAAAGGCCACUAUAAGUUAUAUUUUCUGUCUUGAUAAUCAUUCAACCAACUAUUUGAAUGCAUCAUAUUAUUAAGAAAAAAUAUUUAAAAUUUGUCAACGUUAAUUGCAAAAUUAUCCACGUUAUUGUAUAGUAAUGCAAAGAGCAAUGCGUGCAUGAAAUUUAUGCUGCUUGUAUAUGUAUAUGUUAUGCGUCGCCUGCUCAUAGAAUGUUCGCAGGUCUCUUCUUCUUUGUUCGAACGAAAUUUUAUGUUCGAAAGUUUUUGUGAGAGAGAUUUUAAUAAACCUUAAAUAAUGACGUGAAAUGGUGGAGGGAGUUAACACUAAGCCCUGGUGCUGGAUGUAUUUACUAUUCUCUCUACAGGUUCUUCAAUUUCAUCUAAAUUUUCAUUGUGGUCUUCGUCAUCGUCAUCUUCUUCCGCUGCUCUCUUGAGGCCUUUUGUAAAAUGUCUCUUGAUUCGUCCGCCCCUUCACACUUCCCCCUCGUCACCCUCUCCUGAAACAUCGCCAGAGCGUGGACACGUGACCCGGCUCUAGGUGCGACCAAGCUUCCCCUGGAGCUGCGAGCUUGCAUAGGGUCUCACAUGACCAAAGGGCUGAUCGGGUUUCGGACCUCAGAGGGUCUCACCUUUUGUGUAGCUGAUGGGCAGGAAGAGAGGUGGGCUCAGCCCGCACAAGCUAUUAAUUACAGUGAAAACCUGGAGAACUUGAUAGAACACUUCCAUAGAGCUACCCGCAGUAUAUCCGGGCG